GCCCCCCCGCCCAGCUCCUCUCGUCGCCCCGAUGAAGCAGCCGGACGCCAUCAAACUGUUCGUGGGGCAGAUCCCGCGGCACCUGGACGAGAAGGACCUGAAGCCCAUUUUCGAGCAGUUCGGCCGCAUCUUCGAGCUGACCGUCAUCAAGGAUAAAUUCACCGGCGUGCACAAGGGAUGUGCCUUCCUCACCUACUGUGCCCGAGACUCAGCUCUGAAGGCCCAGAGUGCUCUACACGAGCAGAAGACACUGCCGGGGAUGAACCGGCCGAUCCAGGUGAAGCCGGCAGACAGCGAGAGCCGUGGAGAAGACCGGAAGCUGUUCGUGGGGAUGCUAGGGAAGCAGCAGACGGACGACGACGUCCGGAAGAUGUUUGAGCCGUUCGGGAACAUCGACGAGUGCACGGUCCUCCGGGGCCCCGACGGCACCAGCAAAGGCUGUGCCUUUGUGAAGUUCCAGACCCACGUGGAGGCCCAGGCCGCCAUCAACACCCUUCACGGCAGCCGGACCCUCCCGGGCGCGUCGUCCAGCCUGGUGGUGAAGUUCGCGGACACGGAGAAGGAGCGGGGGCUGCGGCGGAUGCAGCAGGUGGCAAACCAGUGGGGGCUGUUCAGCCCCAUCGCCCUCCAGUUCGGGGCCUACAGCGCCUACACCCAAGCGCUGAUGCAGCAGCAGGCGGCUCUGGUGGCUGCCCACAGCGCCUACCUCAACCCGGUGCCCAUGGCGGCCGUGCAGCUGGCCGGCCUCACUUCCAACGGGCUCAUCGCCACCCCCAUCACCCCGUCCUCAGGAACCAGCACGCCCCCAGCCAUCCCCGCCACGCCCGUGUCCGCCAUCCCCGCGCUGGGCGUCAACAGCUUUAGCCCGGUGCCCACGCAGCCCCCCGCCGGACAGCCCGGCUCCGAUGCCCUCUACACCAACGGCGUCCACCCUUACCCCGCCCAGAGCCCGGCCGCCCCCGUGGACCCCCUCCAGCAGGCCUACGCCGGCAUGCAGCACUACACCGCGGCCUACCCCACGGCCUACGGGCUGGUGAGCCCCGCCUUCCCCCAGCCGCCCACCCUGGUCGCCCAACAGCCCCCGCCGCCCCUGCCCCAGCCCCCGCCCCCGCCGCCACAGCCGCAGCCGCAGCAGCAACAGCAGCAGCGAGAAGGCCCCGAAGGCUGCAACAUCUUCAUCUACCACCUGCCCCAGGAGUUCACGGACUCGGAGAUCCUCCAGAUGUUCGUCCCCUUCGGGCACGUCAUUUCUGCCAAGGUCUUCGUCGACCGGGCCACUAACCAGAGCAAAUGUUUCGGUUUCGUGAGUUUCGACAAUCCGGGCAGCGCCCAGGCGGCCAUCCAGGCCAUGAACGGCUUUCAGAUCGGCACCAAGCGGCUCAAAGUUCAGCUCAAGCGACCCAAGGACGCCAACCGGCCCUACUGAGAGCUGGGGGGGGGGGGUCCGGCGGGACGCCCCCCGCCCCUCCAAGCCCACCUCUUCGGGCCCCCGAGGACGCCGGGGGGCGGGGGGGUGAGGCCUAGCUUCGGGGGGCGAUGCCCACUGGGCCCUGCCCGCCCCCUCGAAGGCCCAACGUGCGGAGGAGGAGGAGGAGGAGAAGAAGGAGGAGGAGGAGGAGGAGGAGGGACCCCCCCCCAGGGACCCCCAACCCUCCACUCGCCAACGUCGGCUCUAAAUGGGGGAGAGGGUCCCCCCACCCAAAACUCCAGCCAAGAGGCUGGGCCCCCCUCUCCCUCCUCCCCCAGUCGGGCUGCCUGGGACUGGGGGUCCCAACCGUCCCUUCCCCGGCCCACCCCGGGGCCCCACUCACUGCCUCUAACCCCCCCCACCCCGGGCUGCUCCU